GCUCGGUCUUUAGGCUUGACAAGAGCCUUAAACAUCAAUCCUGCCGUUAAACGUGCUGUGAAAAUGACAAUGGCAUUGGCAUUGUUACCGGAAACCCAGAUUGAAGAAGGUUUCCGGUACAUUGUCACGUAUGUACAGGCCAACGGAUUGGAACCGAUCCUCAACCAGUACAUGGCGUACGUGCGCCGAACGUGGAUUCAAGGUGUUGGUGGACAACACCUCUCUGUGUUUGGUCAACCACGGAGGACCAAUAACGACCAAGAAAGCUUCCACAACCAAUUGCUGCAAAGGUUCAGCCAUGUUCACCAGAACGUGUGGAGAUUUCUUGAAGAACUAAGAAACAUUGAACACGCAUAUGUCCAACAAUACGCAACUUAUGAGAAUGGAGUUGCAAAUGACGCUGUGCCAGCUCCAUCUUAUUUGUCCAACAACCGCAGGAUUCAGGAUGCUACAUCGUUGUUACUUGCCAGACGAUAUAAUGCAGGUGAAUUCCUCCGGAGAGUGAGCAAUGUUGUACCCACUCCGAGGAACAACAAUUUGACUGUUGAGGAUGCAGAAGAGGAGGUAGCUGCACCACCAAAUGAGGGGUUACCGCCACUUCCUGUCGCACUGCCACCAGGGAUGCGGCAGAUCGAGAACAUGCAUGAGAUGCCAACCGACAAUGAAGACGAAGACGACUUGCACAUCAUUGUUCAGGCUCCGGUCAGGAGAGGAGGCCGCGGGCGUGGACGCGGAGGAGGCCGUGGGAGAGUACAAGAAGAACUAGAUAACCCAGACGAUCCUGGUAUUCCACCAGAGGAACCUAUACCUCAAAUGCGUGGUCGAGGGAGAGGUGAAGGACGAGGUCAUGCCAGGGGAGUGAGGAGAGGCAGAGGAAGAGUUUGUGGGAAGACCUCGCAGGGGAGUCGGAGCGCCCAUACCGGCACAACAAGGUGCAGCUCCGGCACCGGCAGGGUUAGCCGCAGCUCCGGCACCGGCAGGGUUAGCCGCAGCUCCGGCACCGGCAGGGUUGGCUGCAGCUCCGGCACCGGCAGGGUUAGCCGCAGCUCCAGGAACCGGAAAACGACGUGGAAGUGAUGGAGCUAGAAAUUGGACUGGAUCAUGCCAUCGACCGCCAAUUACAAAUGUUGGGCGGUAUCCAGCUAGAUUUGAACGACGUUGAGGCGGCAGAAAACGAGAGGCCGUGCAUCGCAUGUGCAGUCAACACCAGGACCUACAUGGUCGAGCCAUGCGACCACUUCGCCUUGUGUGGGCGAUGUGUUGCGAUACAUCGCACCACUGUAACAGUUGUAGAUGGUGACAGGCGGGCUAUAAGAUGCCCAAUAUGUCGCACGACUGUCACCAACUACCGCAGAGUGUUUCAGUG